AUGCUAUAUCUAGCAACUCUCCUACUUCUCCUCUCCUCCCCACCCUCAGUUUUCACUGUCCCCGAGAGUUGUUUCCUACCAGAAAUCCGAGAUGAAGCCAGAAAUUGCAUCAACCAACUCUCCCCAAUGUAUGAUAACUUGAAACGUGUACUAGCUGGAACACGGAAAUCGCAAAACAUCACAAAAGAUAUCAAUGACUAUUGCGAACUGUCUUUGAAAUGCUACAAAUCCCUUCAAGCUUGUGCUGGAAUCGACAAGAACUUGAUAUCAAACAUCGAUGGGGUCUGUGAUUUGUAUAAUUUUCAAGCUGGAAAGUUCGGUCACUGUUAUGUAAAAAUGGAUGAAGAUGGGUAUGACAGUUGUACCUAUAGCUUCUUUAUGAGUCCAAUUUAUAUUGAUGUCAAAAACAACCGUCAACGAUGUCAAAGUCUCAAGUCGAAUGGGAAAUGUGUGAAGCAGAGAACAUCUCAGAAGUGCUCAAAAGACUACGUCGAUGAUUUUGACGAUCACCUCGACGGGCAACUCAAACGGUUCAAUUGUUGA